GCAACAUUUGCUGCAGCAACAUUUGAGUAGCGCCUUUGCAACUCGAUGUUGUUGCUUUUGCUUGCUUUCAUUAUGAGAUUCGUAGACAUUUCCAAAAUGCAACGGCGUCAACGCUGCACGUCGUGUGCCAGCGCUGGCAUUGAAUGCCCGCGCAGCAACAACAACAACAACAACAGCUGCAGCAACAACAACUCAACUGCUGAUGCCAAUGGCAACACGCAGUGCUGGCAGCAUGUGCCUAGCGCAAGCAACAGCAGCAGCACCAGCAGCGGCUGUGAUAGCAGCAGCUCCUCCAAGGAGAACUACUAUGCUCCGCAACAGCAGCAACAGCAGCAACAACAACAGCAGCAAUAUUACAACAACAAUGGCCUAACGGCACAGCAACUGCAGCAGCUGCGCUACUAUCAAUGCAUGCAACAGCAACAAUUGCAAUUGCUGCAACAGCAAUUGUUGCAGCGUCGUCGAUUGCAGCAGCAACUGCGCGACCAGGGCGUCAAUGUAUGCAAAGCAACAACAACAACAACAACAGCCGGACUCACCUGCAAUCAGCAAUAUUUGCUGCAACAGAGGCAGCAGCAGCAACAAUAUGUUGCCAAUUACAACAACAACAACUGUGAGCUGGACAAAAGCUACAAUCUAAACAACAYCAUCAUCAACAACAACAACAACAUUCGUAUUGGCCCAAAUGUGGCUCAAGGUACUCAUUUGCGACGUGGUAUGACCGACAUCUCAACAGCGAACGACAUCAACAAUUUCAGCAACAUCAAGCGCCAUAUCGAACACCCAUUCACCUCGCCACAAAGUUCACCCACAACUCACAAACCAUACGCCAAAACUAAUCCAAAUCAAACGCAAAUCAAUUUGAAUUCACGCUUAACCCAGCAGCAACAGCAACAAUCGUCGAGAGUCGGGGGUAAGCAAUACAACGGCAACACGGCUGCAUUCAAUACUAGUUUGGCCAACGCCAGCGGCCCAGGCUCGGCCCCGCAGUCCCCGCAGCACUACCGCAUCCCCCUGAACAGCCCGAACAACUCGCUGUUCACGCUAGCCCAUGCGACGGCCGGCAGGCAGCGGUACAAGCAGCAGCAGCUGAACGACCGCCUGCUGCAGCAGCAGCACCUGCAGCACUGCCAGCAGCAGCAGCAGCAGCAGCAGUGCAAUGAGGAACUGAGCGAGGAGAGCCUCAAGCAGAAUGUGGCCAUCGUCCUGAGCAACUUGGAUCGCUACAACAGUGCGCUGCGCAGCAUCAUACUGAACGAGCAGGUGAACCACAUCAGCAGCAACAGCAGCGACAGCCUCUUUCUGCUCGACAACAUCGCCGAGCCCGACAACAACAACGUCUCAGUGAGGAGCAGCGCCAUGGCAGCGACAAAUGUGGCGGCUGUGCUCACGCCCGAAUCGGAUUACAACAGCAAUGCAACAACGCCGGGAUCACAGCAGCAGCAGCAGCAGCAGCAGCAACAGCAACUGCAGCAGCAGCAGCAGCAGCAGCAACUGGGGGUAGGUGGUAUGCUUUGUGGUGGUGGUAACGGUGGUGGUGGUGGUGGUGUCGGUGGUGGUGGCAACAAUCUCAACUGUUCGCUGGCCUCGUCGCAAGACUUUACUCACGACAAUUCCGAUUAUCAGUGGUUCCUCGACUACGGCUAUCGGGAUGGCUGCGGCGGCAUGCAGCGCAGCGUGCUCAGCUCGCUGUCGGCCUCGUACAAUGCCAUGGGCGACUUCUUCUACUACGAGGAUCUCAAGAACCUGGACGCCAAUCUGGCCGAGGUGGACAUGGAGAGCUUUCGGGCGGAGGACAUACACUCGCUGCUCUCCCAGCUGCCCGCCUACUGCAAGAGCUUGGGCGGCGCCAACAGUCGCCUGCAGCAGUCGCUGCUCUACCAGCAGCAGCAGCAGCAGCAGCAACAGCACCAGCAACAGCAGCAGCAACAGCAGCAGCAACAACUACAGCUGCAGCUGCAACACAGCAAUAUGAUGAGCAACAUGCAGCACAUGGCGCACAACAUGUCGCAGACCUCGACCACGUCCACGAACGAGCUAAUUGACAAUUCAUUCUGCAAAUCGGAGCUGCUCUUCUCGCCCGUCAAAGAGUCGCACAUAUCGGUGGACUCGCUGGACAUGGACGCCUACCCGGACGAGGGCGACAUCAUCUUCACCUGCAACAAGGACAACUACACCAUCGCCUUCGAGGGCAGCGUCCUCUACUCGGACGACAGUUUCUAUGCGGAGCCCUGCGACAUCGCCGCCAGGAACAAACAGAACUGCAUCAAUCUGCACAGCAAUCUGGACGACAUCGUGAAGCGCAACAAGGCCCUGGAGGUAUCCAUGUCACGCUCGGCCCAGUCUUUUCAGCUGCCCUGCAAGUCACCAAAGACGCCGACUAAAGCUCAACUACAGCGACGCUCGCUUCUCCUUGUCUCGCCCGCGCGCAGGUAUCCUUCGGGCAACAACAACAAUGGCGGAGGAGGAGGAGGAGGCGCAGCAGGGGAAACCAUUAUACUCACGCGCCAUUUGCCGCAAUGCAGCGUGCGCAAGAGCAACAGUCUACCAAAUCUGUCCAGCGAGCUGACGCUGAGCGAGGAGCAGCAGCAGCAGGAGGAGGACAAGCUGCAGUCGGAUCGUUCGGGGCCAUUGAACGUCUCGCAGGCGAUAAGUACCUCGACCAUGGAAUCGUGCUCGACGCGCUCCAGGAACCUGCUGCCCAUGUGCCAGAUGCCGAUCUCAAUCAGCGUGUCCGUCUCGGAGCGCCUGCAGGAGGCGGAUGAGCGGCACAAGGAUGGCACGCCCACGCCCACGCCUCAGCAGCAGCAGCAGCAGCAUACGCAGCAUCAUCAUCACUCGCAUCAGCAUCGCCACAAGCAUCGCUGCAGCUGCGCGCUGUCCUCCACGCAGGGCAGCCAGAACUUCUGCUCGAAUGCUUCCCAUGGCCACAUCUCUGGCUCGGGCUCGGGCUCGGGCUCCGCCUCGUCGGGCAACUCGAACCCGGCCGCCUUCAAUCUAGUCAAGCUGUUCAUCAAGCAGAAGAGCCACAACAGCAGCAGCAGCAACAGCAACAGCUGCGCCCAGGAGGAGAACCAGGCCUGCGCGCUCACCUGCAUGGACGUCUCCUCGGGCUGCUGGCCGUCGAGCGACGCCGCCGCCUCCAGCUGCAGCAGCGGCUCCCUGGAGAAGCGUCUGCGCAAGAAGAGCAUGCACGACUCGGGCAAGGGCUCGGCCGUGAGUCGCCACGACGAGGAGGACAACUACGAGGAUGCCGACGCCGACGCUGACGUCGACGGCGACGGCAACGGCGAGACGGCGUCGACGCCCAAGCGACAGCUGCGCACGCGCUGCGAUGCCGUGUUCUACGACGACGGCGCCAGCUCCAGCUCGACGGGCUCCUUGACGGCCACCAAUUCGCCGGCGCAUCGCCGCCGCAGCAUGCCCUUGCGCAAUCCGCAGCUCUAUCAGCUGGCGGCCAGCUCACAGACCCAGGCGCAGGCGCAGACGCAGACGCAGUGCAGCCAGCAGUCGUCGGAGGCGAGCAACUCGGAGCAGCUGACCGAGGUGCCCAUGCAGGCGGUAGGCAAGCCCAGGCGCGGCUCGAGCAAUCGGCCGCUGUCGUGCGCCUCCAGCUCGGAGAUGAUCACGCGCUCGAUGCAGACCUCCUGCGGCUCCCUCAGCACGACGCACAGCAGCCUGAGCGAGCGGUACCGGUGCGUGCCGCCCUCGUUCCUCGCCAAGCUGCACAACCUGGGCGAGCAGUGCGAGGCGCCCAUCUACGUGAUCUACCCGAACUACGCGCUGCCCGACCUGGGCUUCGUCAAGACCAGCAGCAGCAGCACCGACGUCAUCUUCUCGCCCUUCAACUACAAGAUGACGCUGGACAGCGCCGGCUCCGGUGCCGGCGCAGGCGCAGGGGCAGGGGCAGGCGGCAGCUCGACGGGCUCGCUGGGCAGGAAGCAGCGCAGCAGCCAGGGCGCCAGGGAGAACCAGAACGAGCUGUUCAGGACGCUCGACUACAGGCACAUCGCCGACUGGCAGUCGCUGGUGACGCUGCUGCCCGCCGAGUACCGGCAGCGCCUGCAACACAUUCCCGAGGUGCGCCAGAUCACGAGCCAGCUGGAGGCGGAGCUCUCGCAGCGCCCGCUGUUCUGCAUGUCGCCGCCGAUUCGACGCAACCGGCCGAGCAUCUGCGACUGCGCCAAGAGCUUGCAGCAGACGCAGCUGGACGAGGCCUCCAGCUCGGGCUCUAGUCAGCCGCCCAGCUCCGGGUAUCGCGGCUCGUCGACGCUGCUCACCGACUCGGAGGUCGAUGCGGAUCCCAUGAAGCAGAUGUAUGUCUACCAGUACGAGCAGCAGCGCAUGGACUCGGGCGCGGAGACGAGUCCUGCCAGCCGGCAGCAGCCGCAGCCGCAGCCGAUGCCGCGCAGCAUCCUGCGCAAGGCGAACUCGGCGCAAAUGCGCACCAAGCGCAAUUCCAUGAUCGAGGCCAAGCAGACGCAGCAGCUGUCGAAGCUGGAGAAGCGACGCAGCUUGCAGGAGCCGCCCCACAACUACGCCCUCGGCUCCACAGACGAGCUGGCCGAGGUCUUUGAGGAGGAGGAGCAGCAGCAGCAGCAGCAGUCGGCAGCCAACGCAACGCAGCCAGCCAAGCAGCGGCUAUCGCGCAAGGAUCUGGACGCACGGGCUCGAGCUGAGAGCUUCCUGGCUUCGCUGCCUCGCUCGGAGCUGAAGUAUUACGCGGAGAUAGCGGCGAUUCUAGAGUCUUCCGGUGGGCAGGUGCAGUACGACGCGGCGGCCCUCAAGAAGGAGGUGAGCCGCGUGCUCAGCCAGCAGAAGAAGGUCUCCUUCAACGACGGCGCCAGCUGCGAGGCCGAGCUGCAGCAGCAGCAGCAGCAGCAGGGGCAGCAGGCGCAGGGCAAGCGCUUCACGACGCCACCGAAUUCCCCCAACAUUUCCAUAGCUGCGCUGCAGCGGCGCGAGACGCUCGACGUGCAGGAGCAGCGCAAGAUCGAGAGCAAUCGCUUCAAGCGCCUGCAGAUCCAGUGGGAGCUCAUGAGCAAGGACUCGAGCAUGCUCAAGGAGCUGGCCAACGAGCAGGCCACCAAGAGCGGUGGAUCCACGCCUACCUCGACGACCUCAGCCAAUUCCAACUCGGCGCAGAAGUCCCGCAUCCCACGGCCAGUCAGCUAUCCGGCGGGCAGAAGUCCGAAGCCAAGUGCCGCCUCGCCUGCGGCAGUCGGCCAGACUAAGCGAAAUUCGCCUGCUAAUGUUAUCUCCCCACAAAUCUGCAGAGUCAGCGCCGUGCACGACGCGGCCAGCAGUGGCAAGUGCAACACCCGAUCUCCCAGCCGCAUUGUGCAGCCGAAGCGGUACAGCCUGGCCACCACGCCCACUUCCUCAGCAGCGCCCACGGCUGGACGAGCGCGCACCCCCACGGCACGCGGCGGCGUCGCCUCAGCGACCACACCCAGUACCCCCAAGCGUCAAGUAGCUGCAGCAACGUCCAGACCCACAUCGCGAGUACGUUAACAAUGGAAGCGCUAGAUGGAAGCCAAGCGACCUUAACGCAACAAGGGCGUGGCGCGCGUUUAACAAUAUCCAAAACCAACUCAAGCAUAUUGCGAGAAAAACAAGAAAACAACAAUGAAACAUUGUAUAAAAAAUAAAUAUAGAUUAAGGCUUUGCGCGGCUCUUUUGCUUAGACAACUGGCCACUGAACAGCGCCCGGGUAGAGUGAUACCAGAGAGAGAGAGAGAGAGAGUUAGCUCAAAGUAAGAUCGGGUAAAUCGGCUGAUUAGGAAACGGGUGCGCAGCAGCGGUCAGUCGCAAGUGCUAAAGUAUUUUUGAUUGACUUUUAAGUUCAAGUGCAAGCAAUGGCGGAGGUAGCUAAAUUUUCUUUUGGAUUUCCUUUUUGACAAUUAUACAAGACAUAGAUGCCAAUAUGCAAAUAUUUUGAUGUAUAUAUACACACACACACACACAGAGACUCACACACACACUCACUCAUUCAGACACACGCAAACUUAAAAGUUAUUUCCAUUUAGCUAAUCAAAAAGAAACGAUAAACAUAUUUAUGACACACAAAUUUAUACCUAUAUAAUAUAUAUAUAUAUAGAGGGAGAGAGCAGGAUG